GCAUUUUUUGCAGAUUUUGAGUUCACAGACAAUAAAUAGAUCUAAUAUAUUUAUAUCAGUUGUAAAUGUAAUUGUGUGAAAUAUUCAAUGUUGGGAAGUUUAUAAUUUUCAGUUCCUAUCCUUGAAGUGACUGCUCAAAUUGAGCCUACUUCUUAACCUUACACAUUGUGGGGUCUAUAAACAAAAUGCCAGGAAAAGUCAAAGUAAAAAUUUCCUCGGGAAGAAAUCUUCCUGUUAUGGAUAGAUCGAGUGAUACCACAGACGCUUAUGUUGAAAUUAAAUUAGGGGGUACCACUUUCAAGACUGACGUGUGUCGGAAAUCAUUGCAUCCUCAGUGGAAUACGGACUGGUACCGCUUUGAAGUUGAAGAUUCUGAGCUACAAGAUGAACCAUUACAAAUACGAUUGAUGGAUCAUGAUACAUAUUCUGCUAACGAUGCAAUAGGCAAAGUGUAUCUGAAUUUGAAUCCUUUAUUAUUGCCAGUAGAUGGCCAGGUGAUGAAGUAUGGAUUUAACGGAGAUAGUACAACCCAUCAUGAAAUAUCAGGGUGGUUACCAGUUUAUGAUACAAUGCAUGGUAUCAGAGGAGAAGUGAAUAUUACAGUAAAAGUCGAACUAUUUUCUGAUUUCAAUCGAUUCAGACAGUCUUCAUGUGGGGUUCAAUUUUUUUAUUCCCCAACUGUGCCUCUUGGAUAUCAUGCUAAACUGGUUCAUGGAUUUGUAGAGGAAUUGGUAGUGUCUGAUGAUCCAGAAUACCAGUGGAUUGACAAAAUUAGAACACCAAGGGCUUCAAAUGAAGCAAGGCAAACUUUAUUUUUUAAACUAUCCGGAGAACUUCAGCGGAAAAUUGGCUUAAAGACCCUAGAAUUGGGUGGAAAUGCCGUAGUAGGUUAUAAGCAGAGUUAUGAUUUGGAAGGAGAAUCUGGUAUAGUCGCUAGAGGAAUUGGAAGUGCUGUAACUCUUGUUAAGUCAGCCAAUAUCUGUGUGCCAACUGGCAGUGAUGACAUCAAAGAGGAGCAUUACAUGUCACCACAACAAGAACAAAACCGAAGUACCUGUCAACAGAACGCAGAGCAUCAAAAAGUCGAGCAGUCUCCAGCUAGGGUCAGCACUUUGGUUCACCGAAGAUCUUCAGAUUCCGAUCUAAGCAUCACACCCAAAGGAAAUAGCCUUACUGGAAGCGAUAAAUCUGGAGGACAGCCUAGUGGAUAUUUUAUGAGGAACAAUCUUCUACCUUCCAAGAUACAUCAGGAAAAUUUUGAUAUGUUGGAGUAUCCUUUUUUGACACUUUUGAAAGUUCCACCAGAUUUAUUAUCACAAAUAGGUGGUGUGGUUAGCGCUAGAUCUGUGAAGAGGUUGGAAACCAUCUCCAAUAUUGAAGAGCCUGAGUCAAGGGAUACCUGGUGGUCAGAAUUACGAACUGAAAUAAGAUCUCACGCACGUAGUUUGAAUUGUAAUGCGGUUUUAGGCUAUACAGAAUCGGCAAGUAUAUGUGAUGAUGUGUGUAUUCUGAGUGCAUGUGGAACAGCCGUUGUUAUAGAUUUUCACAAAAAUGAUGAACCUGAAGAUAGGGCUUCUUCAUUUAAACAAAAUUUUGUCCCAAAAGAAAUGGUUAGCGCAUCGCUAGAAAAAGAUAAGGGUAUUAUGAAUAGCAAUAAAGUUUCAGAAAGUCCAGAAAACUCAUUGCAUAUAUCCACCAGCAACGUUUGUACAAUCACUCAUCUUCCCUAUGAAAGCAAUAACGUCGCUUUAAAGGCUACUGUAGGAAAAUGCAUGUUGUGUCGAAAAGGAAAAGUUCCAGAAGUACUGAUAGCUACAAUAGAACCUCCGGAGGGAUUACCCAGUGCUGGACGCGGUUGUUUCCUUGAAUCAUACAUAUGCCGUCCUCUGAAAGAUUUGAAAGGCGAGUGGAUAGCCAAAGAAAUAUCUGAUGGAUUGCCGUUUCUGGAAUACGAGUUACACAGACUGUUGAUAAACAAACUGAAGAUAAAAGGAAUGAACGCAGUGUUCGGGCUCAAAUUUCGUAUAACGGUGGGAGAGAAAAUGAUCAUUGCUCUCGCUACUGGUACUGCUGUUUUUUUGACAUCUUUACCGAGUCCAGCAGUGCCCAAACUGGUGUCAGAUGAAUCUAAUCUGGAUUUGAAACUGGUAAUGCUUCAGAAACAGUUGAAUGAAACCAUCAAGAAAAAUAAGGAAACAUAUCAAAUUGAUGAUGAACAAUUGAAUAGUCGAGUUUGGUCAGACGAUGAUUCGGAAGAGGAGCCAUCUUCAUUAGAUUUGUCUUCUGGAAACAAGGAUUGUUGUGUUUUGGAGGUAGAUGAUCCAGAAGAUGAAGGAGUUCUUUUUUCGUUAAUGAAGGAUCGCCCCCCAGAUGGUUUCCACGUUGUGAACACUGAAAGCAUCCCGGGUCUAGAAGACAUGGAAAUAAUAAAAAAUCUUCAAAUGUUUACUCAAAUUCGAAGAUUCAAAUUCAGUUCCUCAUUCAAUAUCGAUGAGCAAUUCCGAAAGCUGUUACAAACCGUUUAUUUCAAAUUGAGACAAAUGGUUCCUUGUGCCUUAUGUAAUAUUCAGUUUCGAUGUGAUAUUCCCGAACCAGACGAGGUUCAGUUAUUAGUUUAUGGUAUGGCAUUGGGGUUGGGCAAAAAACAAAGAAAGACAAAAUCGGGGAUGCAUUUGAAACGAAAUGAAGACGACUUGAUAUUCAAACUAGAUGAAGAUAAUAUUCCAGAAAAUAGUGUAGUUACUAUUAAUAAAAGUCAAAAAUUCAAACAAAGAUCUCCAUCAAAGUACCGUCCGCAGUCGAUGAAACAAAGACAUACCCCUCACAGGGAAAUACACGGUGUUGAUAUAACACCUUUGUCAUAUGUACCUGGAGCCACUAUUGAUAACUAUUUAGGAAAUUUGAAUUUUUUCUUCAUAAGGGAAACUACAUCCAUUCGAGAGGAAGGUGGACUUAGUGGAUUUCUUCAUAGUUUCGUUACUGAAGUAUUGGCGAUAGUGCGAGCUCAUGUUGCAGCUCUAGGUGGAAAUGCAUUGGUUGCUUUCUUUUUGACAGAAAUAACCUUAAAUCAUAAUUUCCACAAGAAUCAGGUAAGAAAUAAAAACGUUUUUUAACUAAAUCAACUCUUAGUUAAGGCAAAAUCAAGAGACUCAUUAUGUCUGCUCAAAAAUUGGUAUUUUAUUCACUAUCUUUAUUUCCUAACUGCAUGUGUAUUUGAUUAAAAAUACCUUAUCAGUUUCAAUUCAACUCCAAGUAGCUUCAGAAUUUUACCAUCGACCAAGGCCUACUAGCCUGGAUUCUAUUCUUUUCGAUCGUGUCUCUGACCGUGAAUUAUUAUUUUCUUAUAUAAUGUGUAGUCGGUUUAGUUUUCAAUGUCUCUUGACUAAGAUAAGAUUUUUAUGCGAGGAAUAAAAACUGAGCUCAUAAACAGAACAUUCUGGAUGAUCAUUUGUAAUAAAAAAAUAACUAGGAAUUGUGUUUCCCCAAUUUAUAAAAAUCUCUGUUGAUGAUUUUUCAACACGAGCGAUGGUUUAUAAGAAGCCCGAUGAAGGGCAUGACAAACUAUGAGGGUGUUAUCUCUUACAUUUUGUCUUGUAAAAAAAUGAAACUUUUUUCCUCAACAUUUCAUAAAAUUCAGAUAAAUAUACUAUAGGAAAAAAAAUUUGACAAUUGUAGCACAUAACUUGGGAUUACUGAGCAUAAUUUUUCAACGAUCAAAAUUGUACUCAUAGAUAACCUUCAUUUAUAAAACUAAUGUGAAACAUUUUUUCACUCUCAACUGUGAGCAGCUGUCAUCUACCCACUAAACACUUCUACUAUAUGUAUCAUCAUCUGCUUGAAGUCACUUAAGACCAGAAUUUAGAUGUGAAGGAGAAUGGCAAACAUUUGUCAAAGGUUAUUUUCUCAUUUAUAAUAAUGAGUAUAACACAAGGGGUGUCGGUUUGUAAAAACUUGUAAUAUUCUUCCAGCAUAUUGAAUAAAAGUUUCUCCCAGGGAAGACGGGCUAUAUCAAAUUAUAAACUGAAAGAGAUUUUGUGAUAUUAGUACUGAUUUCAAAUUUAUCCUAUACAUUACAUACCAUUUACAAAUUGGUGCUGUUGUGGAAUUAACUCGAGGCCGAUUUCGAAAUUAAUGGAUAGUACAUGAUUU